UAUCUUAUUGUUGCAAUUUUAGGAAGACGGAGAAAACAUUUCCUAGUAGAAAAAAUAAUAAUUAACCGAGAUAGUAUUAAUACUAGUAAAAAAUAUAAAAUUAACCGAGGUAGUAUUAUUUAUGUAUUACGGUGUUACAGAGUAAUUUGUUACAUGUAUUAUUUACAGCAAUUAAAUAAACCACCAAACUCCUCACAAAUACAACAUCAGUCAUUCAGUCCUCCUCCUUCUCCUCUGCUCUUUAUUUCUCUCUCCUCUUUUUCUCUCUCUAAAAUCAACAAUGGUGAAGAGGAAGAGAAAGAAUAACAUCAGCAAGCCGAAAAAGGAGAUAAUUGAAGAACCAAUUAAAGGAGGAGAAGUUGAGUCUGAAGAUUACUGCUUUGUUUGCAAAGAUGGUGGUCUUUUGAUGGUUUGUGAUUACAAGGGUUGUGUGAAAUCUUAUCACGCUGAAUGUGUGGGAAAAGAAGAAUCAACUGAAGAUACUGAUGAUCCAUGGAUUUGUGGAUGGCAUAAUUGCCUUGUUUGCAAAAGAAACUCAAAGUACCAGUGUUUCCUCUGUCCGAAUGCUGUUUGCCAAAGCUGCUUCAAGGAUGCUGCAUUUGCAAAAACUGCAGGCGGUAAAGGGUUCUGCAAUGACUGCCUCAAACUUGCAUUACUCGGAGAAGAAGGCGUGGAUGUUGACUCAGAUGGGGAAAAGGUGGACUUCAAAGACCGGGAAACAUAUGAAGGCCUUUUCAAGGAAUACUGGGAUAUUGUUAAGGAAAAGGAAGGGUUGACCUUAGAAGAUCUGCAUGAUGCAGAUGUCCAAAUAAAGAAGGAUGAUGACAGGGACAAACCUCAUAAGUCACAUAAGUAUCGGCCGUUGCAUCACUCUGACUCAGAUGAAUCUGUCAAAGAGGAAGACAAUAAAGAAUUGACAUCUGAUGAUGAUCAUGACAGCGAUGGUGAAGGUGAAGGUGAUGGUGAUGGUGCUGGUGAUAAUGCUGUAAAGCCAGUAAUAGUUAGUAAGAAAAAGAAACCCAAACAGUUGCCAAGAAGGCGCAAAGGUCCUAAAAGAAUUGAGUUUGUAGGUUGGGCCUCCAAAGUUCUUAUAACAUUCCUUGAAUCUAUUGGAGUAGAUACGAGCAAGAAGCUAUCUCAGGAUGACGUGGCUUCAAUGGUCAAUAAGUAUGUACAUGAAAAUAAACUGUUUGAUCCAGACAAAAAGAAGAAGGUUCUUUGUGAUGUACGACUGCGACCUUUAAUAGGAAGAAAAUCAGUUAGCAUUUAUAAAAUAAAUGAUGCUUUAGAAGGUCAUUUUUCUGAAAACCUAGAGAAGUCAGAAGGUGAAGGAUAUAGUUCAGGCUGUGAGGAGGAAAAGGCCUCCUUACCCAUAAAGAAGAAUUGGUGGAGAAAGCUUGGAUCUUUUCAGCAUAAAGGAUCACUUAUGGAAAAGUUUCAACAGAAAGAGGCGAUGAUUGAGGAGCCUAAAAAACCAAUUGUUGUUGCUCAAGUUAUUUAUAGUCAAUUUGCAACUAUAACUCCACAAAAUAUGAAGCUCGUUUACUUGAAGAGGUGUUUAGUGGAAAAGUUGUUGGAGCAGCGUGAAACAUUUGAAAGCAAAGUGGUGGGAAGCUUCGUGAAAGUCAAGUCAGAACCAUUUGAUGCAAGGCGUCCAUAUCAACUCCUUCCAGUAAAAGGAAUCUCGAACUCUGGUGAUAAGAACAAUGGAAAGGUUUUUCUUCAAGUAUCUAAUCUAGCUAAUGAUGUUCCUAUUCGCUUACUAUCAAAUGAUGAUAUAGCUGAGGAAGAUUGUGAAGGAUUGCGUCAGAAAGUGGACAAUGGCCUUAUUCCUAGGCCUACUGUUGUGGAGCUUGAGAAGAAAGCAAAAGAAAUCCAUGAAGAUAUUACAAAAUAUUGGAUCUCCAGAGAACUGUCUAUCCUAAAGAAUCGCAUUGAUCUAGCAAAUGAAAAGGGACGGAGACAGGAAUUAUUUGAAUCUCGUCAAAGGAGAGACCUGCUACAGUCAGAGGCAGAACAGUCGCGCCUGCUAAAUGAGGUCCCUAAAGUAAUUGCAGAUGUAAUCAAACCUGAUGAGGAGACUCAGGAUAAUGAUAAUUCCGGAAAUGCUAACACUCAAGUAAUUCCCGGUGGAAACUCUGGAGGCAAUGAGAAUAUUCCAGCGUAAUUGGUACUCCAUGACCCUAGAUACAGAAAUAAUAUCUGAAACCCACCUGAUAUAGUAUGCUACAAGCCUGCAGACGAUUACAAUACAACUCUUAGAAGUUUUUGUUUUUUCGGUUGGUAAAGUUGUUUUCUGUAAAUACAGAAAAUUCACAGCAGAAACCUUAUUGUAGAAACCGUAUUGUAUUAAGUUCAUGGCUUGUUCUUAAGAUGAAUAAGUGAGCUAAAACUUAAUUGUUGAUGAUACAAUGAAACAACUUAAUAUGUUAUGGCAAACUCUAGUGAAUUUUGAACUAUGAUAUUAAUCAUGAUAUGAACUCAUUCUCGUAAAGCUUCAGAUUA